AGCACCACCACCACCACCAUGAGGGAAAUCGUUCACAUCCAGGCUGGCCAAUGUGGAAACCAGAUCGGAACCAAGUUUUGGGAAGUGAUCAGCGACGAGCACGGCAUCAACCCGUCUGGCAGCUACGUCGGGGACUCGGUGCUGCAGCUGGAGAGGAUCAGCGUCUAUUACAAUGAAUCGUCCUCCAAAAAAUAUGUGCCCAGAGCAAUCUUGGUGGAUUUGGAACCAGGAACCAUGGAUAGUGUACGAUCUGGCCCAUUUGGACAACUCUUUAGACCUGACAAUUUCAUCUUUGGACAAACUGGUGCUGGAAAUAACUGGGCAAAAGGACACUAUACGGAAGGAGCAGAGCUUGUAGAUUCAGUUCUUGAUAUAGUAAGGAAAGAAUGUGAAAACUGUGAUUGCUUGCAAGGAUUUCAGCUCACUCAUUCUCUUGGAGGAGGAACAGGUUCUGGGAUGGGAACGCUACUGAUCAGCAAAAUCCGAGAGGAAUAUCCUGAUAGGAUAAUGAAUACCUUUAGUGUCAUGCCCUCUCCUAAAGUCUCUGACACUGUGGUGGAACCAUACAAUGCCACACUUUCAGUCCAUCAACUAGUUGAAAAUACAGAUGAAACUUACUGUAUCGAUAACGAGGCGUUGUACGAUAUUUGCUUCCGCACCCUAAAGCUUACAACCCCAACAUAUGGAGAUCUGAACCACUUGGUGUCUGCCACAAUGAGUGGGGUAACUACAUCACUACGCUUUCCAGGCCAGCUAAAUGCAGAUCUUCGUAAGCUGGCAGUAAAUAUGGUUCCUUUCCCACGUUUACACUUUUUUAUGCCAGGAUUUGCCCCUUUGACAGCUAGAGGAAGCCAGCAAUACCGAGCCCUCACUGUCCCAGAGCUCACACAACAGAUGUUUGAUGCCAAAAACAUGAUGGCAGCUUGUGAUCCAAGACAUGGACGAUAUCUGACAGUUGCUACAGUCUUCCGAGGCCCCAUGUCUAUGAAAGAGGUUGAUGAACAGAUGUUGGCCAUCCAGAACAAGAACAGCAGCUACUUUGUGGAAUGGAUCCCAAACAAUGUAAAAGUGGCAGUUUGUGACAUAGCACCCCGUGGCCUUAAGAUGGCUUCCACCUUUAUCGGUAACAGCACAGCUAUUCAGGAGCUCUUCAAAAGAAUCUCUGAGCAGUUUUCUGCCAUGUUCCGGAGAAAAGCAUUUCUUCACUGGUUUACUGGAGAAGGGAUGGAUGAGAUGGAAUUUACAGAAGCAGAAAGCAACAUGAAUGACUUAGUGUCAGAAUACCAGCAGUACCAAGAAGCUACAGCGAAUGAUGGAGAAGAAACAUUUGAAGAUGAUGAAGAAGAAAUUAAUGAAUAGUCUUUCAUCCGAUCCCAACAUUCCCAAAUCCAGUUCUGCCCUUUUUCAGGAUAGUAAACCCAUAGAGCUUAUCUUUCAAAGCU